UGUCAGUUUUGCUGAUCUGGUCGUGUCACAUGCAGAUGAGCCGGUCCAACUCGACGGCCCGCUACCAGGAUGACGACAUACCCUUGACACCAUACGAGUAUUCCACGGAGAUGGACUACAGCGGGUUGGAAUACAUUUGCGAAAAGGACUCCAACCGCAACUUCCGUACCUGGUUCCUACCCACCAUCUACACCGCCAUUUGUCUCCUGGCUCUCUUUGGGAACUUUCUGGUCAUCUUGACCUACCUCUACUUCAAACGGCUGAAAACCAUGACCGACGUCUAUUUGUUUAAUCUGGCAUUGGCUGACCUGCUAUUCGCCAUUUCUCUUCCCUUCUGGGCGGCCAGUUUCAUGAGCAAAUGGCAUUUGGGUCUGUAUCCGUGCAAGGCAAUGUUUACCAUCUAUAAAGUCAGUUUCUUCAGCGGUAUGUUCCUUCUCACCUGCAUCAGCAUCGACCGCUAUUUCUCCAUCACCAAGGCGGUGUCCGCCCAUCGGUGCCGCAACACUGCGGUCUUUUACGGCCAGGUGUCUUCCCUGGUAACCUGGGUGUUGGCGGUGGCCUUUUCCAUACCUGACAUGGUGUUCUCUGAGGUCAACAUCAACGGCACGUGCGUGGCAACCGGCAAGCGCUUCCUAGACUACCACUACAACAUGCUAGUGAGUCAGAUGGUCCUGGGCUUCAUACUUCCAGCCGUCGUCAUGGUGUUCUGUUACGUUAGCAUCAUCAAAACUCUCACCCAAGCCAAGAACUUUGAGAGGAAUAAAGCCUUCAAAGUCAUCAUCGCCGUGGUCGCCGUCUUUGUGUUCAGUCAACUACCCUAUAACGCAGUGAUGGGGGUGACCACGGAGGAAACGACGGAUUGCCAAAAAGACAACAGUCGCCUUUAUGCCAUGGACGUGACGAGAGCCGUGGCUUUUCUGCGCUGCUGUGUCAAUCCCUUCCUGUAUGCCUUCAUCGGCGUGAAGUUUCGAAACGAUCUCCUGAAGUUACUGAAGGACUUGGGCUGUCUUAAGAAGAGCCAUCUCCUGUACACUCGCUGUGGAAGACGGCGAUCCUCGGUUGCCCUGGAAACGGAAACCACGUCGUUCUCUCCCUGAAUCAUUCCCAUGCUUGUCCAUUUGCUCCAUGCUGAAAUGCUUUGUUAGCUUCUAUCAAAUAAUACCGAAGUGAAAGUUUAAGGUGAAAAAACUCUGUGCUUUUUUAUUUUGUACAGUGCAAACCUGUACCUGUUUUGUAACCGAUAGCCUAUGACUUCUAGUUUCUGACAUUCUUUGAAAAGAUGAUUUUAUAGAACAGGGUUUUCGGUAUAUGUACAGAUGUAAAUACACACGUGACUCAUUAACAACAAAACUAUUUUCUUUUCUUUUUUUUUACAAAACUUGUUGAUCGUAUUGUUAAACUGAAUAAAUCUUAAUGCUCCA